AUGCUCUACUUUGUUCCAAAUGACCGAAGCGGGCGGGAAUACUACGACAGCUAUUGCGAGGUUUUUGACAGGUCCGAUUCGAAUGCAAAGUACGAGUUCAUCUCAAAUCAGAGGAAGUAUGAGCGGUUGACUUCACACCUCCCAGAACCGUUCCGGUCCAUCAUGGCGUCCUGGUCCGAUAUCUUGAACUACUAUUAUGACGCAUGCUACUGGAAACACGAUAUAUCAGAAACUCGUCUCGAGUCGAUUCGCGUUGACAAGAAUAUGAUAGAGGCUUUACACCAGGCCGGGAAAGAGUUUGUAUAUGAGCUGGUUGAGGAGUCCCAGUCUAUCCCUCGCUUGAUGACGCUACCGGAACGAGUUACAGAAACAAACGUGGACCAGAACGUAUCGAUGUCCCCGGCCAGCUUACGGUACUCGGUGGUUACGAAAAUAUCGAAUGCUACAGCACUAGCAGUUUUAGACGGCGUCUAA